CCACUCCUCCGGCCCACAGGUUGUGACAGUGGGUUGGGUCCCCAUCGGAGAAAGAGGACCACCUUCAGUGUUGGGCAGUUGCUGGAGCUAGAACGGGUAUUUGCAGCUAGGCCCUAUCCUGACAUCAGCACUCGUGAGCACCUGGCCCAGGUAACUCACCUGCCUGAAGCCAAGAUCCAGGUGAGCUGCAAUAGCGAACUUCUGGGUUUCACACAGCGCCUCUUCUCUCUGGGAAUCCUGCCUUCAUAUUCUGAUUUCCGUCCCAGGAGAGUGUGCUGGUGCCAAGAUAUAUCCCUUCAUCUUCCCUAUCAGGUGUGGUUCCAGAACCGCCGAGCCAAGAGACUCAAGAGCAGAAAGCCAGGAGCCCUAAACCCUAGGCUGGAGCUUCCUCCAAACUCCUGUUGUCUUCCAGACACCCCCCAGCAGCCCUGGGACCCUGGAACACCAGGCCAGCUUCUACACCCCACCAGCUCAGCUCAGCAUGCUUCAGCAUGCCCACAGACCACCUGUGUAGCUCCCAGCUUGGGUCCAGGGCAGAGCUGGGCAGGGGCUAAAGCUGCAGCCUCAUGGGGGCCAAGUGGGCCUUCAGGGGUUCACCCUUCUUUAGAGCAAAUUAUUCCUCAGACUUCACUGGGCAGCCUGUCUGACCUUAUCUAUACCUCAGCCAUCGUUACCAAUGUAGAUCACUCCUAAUUUAGGUGUAGAGUUUGUAAGUUUGGCUCUGGCUCUUGUAGCCCAUUCCAUCUCUCCUGGGAUGGAGCACAUGAGAGAACCCCUGCCUCUUUUUACAUAGGGAGUGUUCUCUAACAGAGUUUAGCUCAGAGACCCACCUCUCCACUCUCAACCUCCAGCAACCUAGUUGAAGGUCCUGUGCAGGGAUUAGAGUCUAGCUUCCACCACCCAGCGCCCUGGUCAUUUCUGGGGCAUAUGCCCAUCAUCAGGAGGUACUGUCAAGGUAAGGGACCAUGUUGUUGCCCUCUAUUGCCGGGUUUGGGUCCCCAACUCCUAUUAUCUUAGCUGAUGAUCUCUUUCCUCUGAGGGGGCAGCUACCAGUCUGAGAACCCUGCCAGGACCUUACCUAUGUGCCAGGGGAAGGGUACUGCUCCUAAGCUGGACUGCUGGAACACCCACCCUUUCAUGGUUCAGGGCCCCAUUGCCUGACUUCCUGCCACCUGGAAAAAUUAAUCAGAACUGUGGAUUUGAAGAGAGUGAUAUUAACGUUACAGAAAUAGAAGCCCGGGUCUUAGGUUGAUUGAAUUUCCCCAAAUAUCAGAUUGGCUGUCCUCUGAUGUGGGCUGUGGGGACAACCUGACAGAUCUGGGGAGGGGGUGUGGUAGCUUUGGGUUUUCCUAUCACUGGCAUCUGUAAUACCAACUAAUCUCCAAAUAAAACAAAACUCGGCACUUUAAUCUGGAUUGUUGUAUUGCAAAUGAAUGGGGGUGAGGCUUGCCUGCCUGGGAAGGUUAUCUCCCACCACCAAAUCCCUAAAUAGGGCCAGGUGCCACAGACUGGGUAGGAAUCAUGUCCAGGCUUCUGCUGGGAUUAGGGUGGUUAAUUAAAGGGCUCAAGCUCUCCCAGGCUCUGGGGACACAGUAGCUAGCUUGCAUGCCAGAAUGUUCCAGUUCCCUCCACCUCUGGAGCUGCUCUGGAGAGAAAAGCAUGGAGUCUGCAAUCAAUCUGUGUUGGAUUCAAACCUUAGCUCUGCUAUGUGACUACAACUCCGAAAUUCUGUCUGCAAAGCAGGGAUGGAAACCCUUCCUGUCUUGGGAAACAUGUAGGU